AUACACGUCCGGGCCGAGUACAUACUCCUUCUGAUGGUGUACACAUGUUUAAAUAAUUUGACUCCAAAAUAUCUAUCAGAUCUAUUAACUCUAGAUAUUAAUUUGUAUUGUACAAGAUCCUCUACUGGUCUUAAUCUUCAUAUACCAACAACAAAAUAUAAAACAUUUGCAGAUAGGUCAUUCAGUGUAGCAGGACCACAGUUAUGGAACAAGUUGCCUGAACAGUUAAAA